CUGUCGUGUCGUCAUUUCCUACAUGAACUCGUACACUUCCGGAAGAAGCGGAAGACAACAGAGAAAAAUAGCAGCUCAUGCAAAAUUUUGAUACAAAUAAACAGAAAGAGACAUUUUGACUUGAGUCGUUUGACAACCAAAGACACAAACUGUCGACAUGUUUUCCUUCCACGUAUUCGACCACCCGAUGUCCCGGGGCUUUCAGAACCGCUUCUCCACUCAGUACCGCUGCUACUCGGUGUCGAUGCUGGCAGGUCCCAACGACCGCUCCGACGUGGAGAAAGGAGGAAAAAUAAUAAUGCCACCUUCAGCUCUCGACCAGCUCAGCAGGCUCAACAUCACCUAUCCAAUGCUGUUCAAGCUGACCAACAAGAACUCAGACAGAAUGACACACUGUGGCGUUCUCGAGUUUGUGGCAGACGAGGGAAUCUGCUACCUGCCACACUGGAUGAUGCAGAAUCUCCUGCUGGAGGAAGGCGGUCUGGUCCAAGUGGAAAGCGUGAACCUUAUGGUGGCCACUUACUCAAAGUUCCAGCCACAAAGUCCCGACUUCCUGGAUAUUACAAACCCCAAGGCAGUGCUGGAGAAUGCAUUGAGAAACUUUGCCUGCUUGACAACUGGUGAUGUUGUUGCUAUCAACUACAAUGAAAAGAUAUAUGAGCUGCGGGUGAUGGAAACCAAGCCAGAUAAAGCAGUGUCCAUCAUCGAGUGUGAUAUGAACGUGGAUUUUGAUGCUCCUUUGGGUUACAAAGAGCCUGAACGACGACCUCAACAUCAGGAAGAACCAACAGAGGAAGAAGCAGAUCCCACCAGUUAUGCUGACAUGGACCUGGGAUUCAGAGCUUUCACUGGCUCUGGCAAUCGUUUGGAUGGUAAAACAAAAGGAAUUGAGCCCAGCCCUGUCCCACUUGGCCCAAGUGACAUCAAAAGAGGCAUUCCCAACUACGAAUUCAAAAUUGGCAGGAUCACCUUCAUCAGAAACUCGAGGCCUCUGCCCAGGAAAAAUUUUGAUGAUGAGGAUGCUUUGAACAGAUUCAUCGCCUUCUCUGGAGAAGGACAGUCGCUACGCAAGAAGGGCAGAAAGCCUUGAAGGAUUCCCAGCACAGAGACUGACUCAUGUACAGACUCACCAUAUCUAUUGUCACCUUCAACAGCAAAGUAAAACAAAACAACUGGCCAUCAGCUGCAUUGGAAAUCCAUCUCUCUGUCUCUGGGAUUGGGAUUAUAUGCAAUUAAAACUUUGACAAUACUAUUUUGCUCAACAGAAGCUGAGCUCCUUAAAGAGUUUGUGGAAUAAAUAUCAAUAAAUUCUAUCAGCACACCAAACAACCUAAAGAAUAAGUUGCAGAGUAUUGUUGUGAUAUUACACUAUUUUCCCCCCUUUUCCACAAUUGUUGCAUUUUUACAAUGGACUUUAAAUAUACUCUUAUCCAAAGUCCUAUUGUUCAGAUAAAAUGGGAGCAAUAAGAGCUCAAUACUUUUGCUUUUAAUUAUAAUUGAAAUAAUUUUAUGUUUGAGGGUUUUUUCUGAGUUAAAGUAGUAAAAGUUUUUCCUUUUUCCUUGGUUUAUUUAUAGACAAAUAAAGGACUGUGUUUGACAUUAA